GCCAACGGGGUUACUUCUCUUCUUGUAGAUUUUUUCCCAAGACAUCUCUCUCUGAUUCUCUUUCUCUCUUUUCGCUAGAAUCCAGAUCGUUCCCCAUAAUACCAUAGGAUUAUAUAUACCGUACAAUAUAGCAUUAUUUAGGAAGCAAAAGAAUAAUUAAUAUAAUCAACAUCAUCAAAAAAAUCAUAUCUCUGACCUCUUAUAUAUGCUUUGUUCGAGAGAUGAUGACACCAACAAGAAGUAGAUUGCUUUCUUCCUUGCAAAGAGCAGCAGCAGGUAGAUCACCGAAAACCCAAGAUGAAGAUAAAUCUUAUAGGAAGCCGAACGUGAAUGAAGAAUACCUGAAAGCAUUCAGAACAAAGUCCUACGUCGAAAUAUGCAAAAAAUUCCAAGGGCAGCUCAGAAAGAUAAGAAGCACCACAGGCCUCUCUUCUUCAUCAUCAUCAUCAUCAUCUUCUUCCACGUCUUCUCCGCUUCCUUUCUUCAUGCAUCUCACAGAGUAUUUACUUGAACCGCGGCAAGAAGUUAUAGCAAACAUGGUGGAGAGGUCAGAGGUGCACCAUCUUGUGCUUGAAUACUUCAAAGCCAGCUUAGAAGCAUCUCAAUGUUGCGACACAAUCCUCCAAGGUAUCCAUGAAACUCGAAUUGCCUAUGCAAAGGUUACAAGGAUCAUCAAGCUAAGUAAAAGUGUUCUGGAUGGCAUAGAUGAGGAUGACCAACCCCGCAAAGCUAUUUGUGGAGAUCUUGCUUCAUUUGCAUUGCAAAAGAACCCUUUGUCCAUUAUUAGUCCCAUGAUGUUCCGUGAAAUUCACGAUAAGUACAUGGUACUCCUGCAUAGGCUAAAGUCAAAGAGAGGGAAAGUUCGAAGAAUGUUAACAAUAAAGAGAGUUUGCAAGAAAGUUGGAGGAAUUGCUAUUAUUGCUUCGUAUAGUGCUCUUGUUGUUGCUUUAAUUGUGUUUGCAUUCCAUAGCAUUGUUGGCUUUGUGGCAGCACCGUGUAUAAUAGGUGGCUCAUUUGGGUUGAUGAGGAAGAGGUUCAACUUCACCAGAACCCCUUCUUCUAAUGAUAAUAAGAGGCUUUGUGAGCAACUUGAUAUUGCUGCAAGAGGGGUUUAUAUACUAAUUAAUGAUUUGGAUACUAUGAGCCGUAUGGUUAAUAGGUUACACAAUGAGGUAGAACACCGAAGAGAGGUUGCUGAUAUAUGUUUGAAGAGUGGAAAUGGCAAGUUUGAAAUACUCAAACAGGUUGUGAGGGAGUUUCACGACUAUGAGUCCAACUUUUUGGAUCAGUUGGAAGAGCUUGAAGAGCAUACUUACCUGUGCUUCCUCACCAUAAACAGAUCUAGAAGACUUGUUAUGCAAGAAAUUGUGAUGGAGGAACAAGAACAAAUUUCUGUGUCGUCACACACUUCUUUGAAACAGGAAAGUCUCACAAGUGGCUUUGGCUCUUCAUCCCUUUAACUGAGAUUGUGGUUUUGAGUUUCAACGAGUUUCAAUUUUCAAAUCAUUUUUUGUAAUUCUUUGACUUGCCUUUCGUAGAGCAUAUAUAUUAUCACACAAAGGUAUAUUUGGUCAAUUGU